UACCCGGGGAUCCGGCCCCGAUUUCGGGGUCCGAACGAGGCCCAGGUGUUGCCAAUUAGGCUUAACUGGAAGCCAAUCUCAGGAGCUUCCCCUGAUUGGACGCCCCCCGAAUUGGGAGCAGGUGUCGCCAAUUAGGGCUUGAUUAGAGGGAAGCACGCCCGGGGAUCCGGCCCCGAUUUCGGGGUCGAACGAGGCCAGGUGUCGCCAAUUAGGCUUGAUCGGGGAAGCACGCCCACCCGCCUGCACAUAUAGCCGGAUGUGCGGAUGUGCCCCCCCCUUAUUCGCUAUCUGACUCUCGCGGAGUGAAGAUGACGCCUUCUAAGUUUAAGAAUCGCUGCCCUGUAUGUCACCGGCCGUCUUGGCGCCUGCGACGCCACUUGGAUGACGUUCACAGCGUCAGGAACGCCCUGGAGCGAAGGAUCCUGUUGGCGUUUGCCAGAGGGCGAGUGAGCGUUCGCGGCAUGAAGUGCCCCGUCGGCGGCUGCUCGUACGGCGGGUCAAGGGUGGCGCAGCACCUCCAAGACGCUCACCGUGACCUGGGUGCCAAGGAGAAGAAGCGCCUUUUGAGGAAGCUCCAGUGGCGCAAAACGCUGCGGCAGGUGAGAGAACUUCGGGCCUCGGGUCCCGACCCGCCUUUAGCCACCAGGUUGGACCUGGAGGGUUCACGGGGCAGCGGAGCCGCCGACGCCGCCGCCGACGCCGCCGCCGCCGCCGCCGCCGCACCCCCCCCUGCUUCUCCCCUUCCCUCGCAGGGACCGAGCGCCAGCCCUCCCCAGGAGGAGCUGGAGGAGCCAUGUCUUGUUCCCGGCCGACCGAGCGCCAGCCCUCCACGUUCCACCUCGGCGGCGGACUCCACACAGCGGCCGGAGCCAUGUCUUCUUCCCGGCGGCGACGACGACGACGACGACGACGUGCCAUCCGCGGACUCGGCGGCGACGACGACGACCGGAGUGCCGGAGGUCGAGGACGAAGAACCGCAGGCCCCGUCCUCGAGCACGGUGGGUAGGCUGAGUACAUUUCCUGCAGUCAUCCGUGGCUACCUAGAAGAGUACGGCCGGCACCUGGCCGGGGCACUACAUGAGCCGUGA